CACCUAAGACCCGUCAAGAAGACCUAUGUGUACAAGGACUGGGCGUGGGACGUCACGGUUACUAGUGUUCAACUCGCUCCAUUCUUCGGAACUGGCAGAUACGUCGUUAACUUGUUGAACGCCUUGUACACGCUGUUCGACGCCAUCAUUUCCAACUAUGACGUCUACAAGGUUGAAACCAUCGGUGAUGCCUACAUGUUGGUCUCCGGCCUACCGCUCUGUAAUGGCAACCGUCAUGCUGGUAUGAUCGCCUCCGCUGCAUGGCAUCUGCUGGAGGGCAUUAGUAGUUUCAUCGUGCCGCACAAACAAGAGGAGAAACUCAAACUCCGAAUCGGUAUUCACUCAGAUGUUUUGUAUGCAAACUUGUCGGCCAAUUUGGUCCGACACUCCCCCAUUGAAAAUGUUCUAGCGACGCCCCUAAUGGCAAGUACAUCACAAGAUCUUAUGUGGCGGGUGUAG